UGACAUCUCCGUUGGUCGCGGACAAAGAUAGGACUGUCAUAGAGUUGGUUUCAUGAAACAACACCCAGUAAGGUACUUGCUGGGUCGAUUAUUUUCUAUUGGAGAGGCGAACAUAUUUGCAAAGAUGGCACAAAUUAUUCCGGUUUAUCUUCCACUUUGGGUGGUUAUAAUAACGGUCUAUGUUUCUUGGUGUACAUCUGGAGUAGGCGCCAUUAUAGCUGGUGGCUUGCCAUUGAUUUGCACGAGUCCUUGUCAACAAACGGAUGCAUCUCGUGUUUCAAGUUCAUCGCUCCCACCAUGCGUUAUUACUCCAAAUUGCUGGAAUCGGAACACCGUACCUGUAAACCAGGCACCAGGUGGUCCCCUCCAGGUUGGUAUGGGUUCUUCGUCUGUCAUAGGACCAGAUGGAAAGGUCUACCUGGAGAUUUCUCCUCAGUGGCGUGCAUCGCAAGAUCGCAUUAGCCUUUUGACUGGAUAUGAAGUUAAGGUCAUGUGCAGCAGGAAUGUUUGUGCUUCACAAUAUUUCUGUGUCACAAUGUUAUUCAACAGAACAUUGACCAUUGAGGAUACUCGUUCUAAUUUUACGGUGAGCUGUCAGUAUGGGAAUUUUUCCCAGCCUAGCAUGGACUACGUCAUUAUUAUAAAGAGCCUUCCGAAGAAUAAUGAUGAUUCAAACAAAGGAAGUCAUAUCGCAGCCCUUCCAAGUUGUAAACAAGAACCACAGGUUUCUCUUUGCAAUAUUGAAGAAGCUGAAAGUUGUGUAGACUCUCCCCAGAACUGGGUGCCAGAAUACAAACCCUUCAUUAGUCAGAUCAGCAAUGGCUCUGUAGUCGUCUCAUUUUGGCCGAGUACCAGUCAGACAUACCCUAGAUACCACGUCUUGCUUGAGGAAGUAGUAGAUGUUAAAGAACGCAGAAUGCCACACUUCUUUGAAGCAUACUUUAAUUCACAAAGAGAUGGCAACCCUAAUGUGUAUUUUAACAACGUUUCCGAGGGAAUUUAUAUAGCUUAUGUAUCUAUUGAUGAAAACAUUUGUCCAGAUUGCACGUAUUUCAGAUCGAGCAAUAACAUUACUGCUCGUGCCAUGCCCACUCCCGCCCCCUCAACACCACCUACUUCACGCCGGAUCAACACCCGUCCUAGAGACCCUGAGGAGGUUAGCAUCUCAAAUAAAUCAGGAUCUACACUCCAUUUAGCAGCGCUGGCCGGAGCUCUGGGAGGAGUUCUUGGGUUAUUCUCAUCAUGGUCCUCAUAGCCCCCACGCGUAAGAGGAACUCUUUACCUCCUUUUAAACAAAUUGGUUUUGAUAAAGAGAUUGGAGGAGAUAAUUUGGAAAGAUCAGCCAUGUUUCAUCGGAAUAACAUGCCAUACGGUUAGACCAUUUACCACAUCACAUUAUCUGACCCAAUGUUAGAACUUAUGUCUGUACUGAUCCCGCGUUUCUAUAAAGACUGGUAAAAACAAUUCUCGUUCGUAGUCUCCAAUCAAUAAGUGUCAUAAUAAACACGUGAAAGGUGAAUUAUCAAUAACUUCUCUGAUAUUCUUUCAAUUAAUCUUUGCAAUAACUCUUGAUAAUUUUUUAUUGCAAAGUUUAAAUAUGAAAUGUUUACGAAACACCACAUUGUUUAGAUAGCUUACACCUUCAAUUGAUUUACCAUGAUUUCUUUAAUACUUAGCAAU